AUGAACUCGUGGGACGCGGGCCUGGCGGGGCUGCUGGUGGGCACGAUGGGAGUUUCGCUGCUGUCCAACGGGCUGGUGCUGCUCUGCCUCUUGCACAGCGCCGACAUCCGCCGCCAGGCGCCAGCGCUCUUCACCCUCAACCUCACGUGCGGCAACCUGCUGUGCACAGUGGUCAACAUGCCUCUCACACUGGCUGGCGUCGUGGCCCAGCAACAGCCGGCUAGCGACCGCCUGUGCCGCCUGGCCGCCUUCCUCGACACCUUCCUGGCCACCAACUCCAUGCUCAGCAUGGCCGCACUCAGCAUUGACCGCUGGGUUGCUGUGGUGUUCCCGCUGAGCUACCGUGCCAAGAUGCGCCUCCGCGACGCCGCGCUCAUGGUGGCCUACACGUGGCUGCAUGCGCUCACCUUCCCAGCCAUCGCGCUCGCCCUGUCCUGGCUGGGCUUCCACCAGCUGUACGCGUCGUGCACACUCUGCAGCUGGCGCCCCGAAGAGCGCCUGCGCUUCGCGGUCUUCACCGGCGCUUUCCACGCGUUCAGCUUCCUGCUCUCCUUCGUUGUGCUCUGCUGCACGUACUUCAAGGUGCUCAAGGUGGCCCGAUUCCACUGCAAGCGCAUCGACGUGAUCACCAUGCAGACUCUUGUCCUGCUGGUGGACAUCCACCCCAGUGUGCGGGAACGCUGUCUGGAGGAACAGAAGAGGAGGCGCCAGCGAGCCACCAAGAAGAUCAGCACCUUCAUAGGGACCUUCCUCGUGUGCUUCGCGCCCUACGUCAUCACCAGGCUGGUGGAGCUGUCCUCCGCGACGGCCAUCGGCUCCCACUGGGGCGUGCUCUGCAAGUGCUUGACCUACGGCAAGGCCGCCUGUGACCCCUUUGUGUACUCCCUGCUGCGACACCAGUACCGCAAAAGCUACAAGGAGAUUCUGAACAGGAUCUUCGACAGGCGGUCGCUCCGCUCGUCGGGCCUCGGCGGUGACUCCCACAGCCAGAACGCACUGCCAGUCUCUGAGUGAAGGCCACCGCUGGACAGUCUGGAACGAGG